AUGCACGGUUUCUGGCCCGGAGGAAACAACUCCACCUUCAACCAGUUUGUGCUAAAGAGGUUGUGCAUGAGUCGCACCGCCUCGCCGCCUCUGUCUCUGUCCUGGAUGAUCCGGAAGAUGAAGUUCGCCGGCCGGAAAAACAAACAGCUGUGGUUGCGGGGCUAUAAAGGAGGCUGGGCGUGUCCGGAGGCGCCCACGCUGAAGGUCUGCGCCGCGCGGGGGCAGCCGCGCCGGAGCCGCACCCCCGGAGGCCGAGAGGUGCACAGGCCUUUGGGCAAGGCCUGGGAACCCGCACAGCCGGGAGUUCAAGAACGCCCGCCCGGAGGCCAACGCGCCAGCCAAGGCUACAGAAACUAA